AUGCCAGCGCCGCGCAAGAGCCUGUUCUCCUCGCUCGCUUCGACAACCGAACAUGCAAGGCUACCCGACGCCCUCGUCGAAUGGGUCAAGGUGCAGCCUGCAGUGCAGUCUGGGAGUGCCGGGCAGGGCAGGAGGGCGAUCGCAGGUUUGGACGACUUGAAGGACGGCGUUGCCCUCGGGGAGGUCCUUGUUGACAUCGACGCCGAGUACUUCCGAUCGCUGGCCAACUCUGCCUCGAACGCCAAAGCACUUUCCGAGAACUGGGUCCUUCGGUUUAACAACCUCAAACGGCUGUACAAGCUAAUCGUGAGGUACUUCGAGGACGUCCUGCAUUCUUCAACAGCCGGCCUCCUCACGCCCAACCUGCAAGAAGUCGCGAAAAACGCGGACGAGAGCGACGACGAGGUGUGCAAGUUGGCGGGACUCGUGCUGGCGUUGACUGUCCAGUCCGACAAGAAACAGCAGCACAUCACGCGCAUCCAAAGCCUCGACGAAUGGAUCCAGCGCGAAUUGAUGUACUCGAUCGAGCAGGUCAUGAGCAAGGUCCGACCAGCCGACAUUCGCGAAGAGGGCGAGGACGAGGAAGUAGACGACUUCUACGAGAUCCGACACGAAAAGUCGCGCAUCAUGCACGACAAGGAGGCGCUGCAGGUCAUGUACGAAGACUUGCUUGAGCAGUUCAACUCGCUCAAGGACCAGCAUGAGGAGACCCUGAGCAACCUCGCGAUGACCGAGUCGAAAGCAGCCGAGUUGGCGGACCGGCUCGAAGCGAGCAAGAAGGACCGGCCUGAGCAGACGUACAAGGCUGAAUUCGAGCGGCUGCGGGGACAGCUCACGAAGACGGAGAACCAGCUUGGGGAGGCGGAACAGGUUGUCGAGCGGCAGGCUAAGGUGGUCGAGGAUUUGACGAGGAAGGUCGACGACCUCGCGCCAAAAGCGGAAGAAGCCCUCCGCCUCAAAGACCAGAUGGACGAAUAUCGUCACGCGAGCGAGAAGGCCAAGAAGCAGGAAAACGUGAUUGAGAAGUACAAGAAGAAGCUCGAGGAGGCAGCUGAGACGAGGAGGAUGCUCAAGACGCUCGAAGACCAGAACGCCGACCUGCUCGAUAAGAACGCCUCUCUCGAAGAAGAAUACCAAAAAGUCUCAGCCUUCAAGCCACUCAUGGAGUCGUACAAGUCCAAGAUCGACUCUCUCGAGUCCAACUCGUCCGACUUGCAGCGCGAGACGGACAAGUUGCGCUUGGAACUGGAGCGGACGAGGGAGAAGUUGAGGGUCGCGGAGGAGGAGAGACAGAAGGAGGGCGAGGCACUGGUGUUGUAUGAGGAGAAGGUGAAGGAGCUUGAGAUGGGUGAUGGAGCGGGGAAAAGGCGGCGGCCUGGAGCGGGCGGGCGGCGGGAGAGCGGGAUUGACGGGGACGACUCGCUCGCGCUUGAAGGCGGCGUCGCGGCCGAGUUGGACGACGCCUUGGCCGGCACGACAACGACAGACCUUAAGCUCCGCAUUCGACGACUCGAGCGCGAACUUAAGAACGCCAAGGGCGACAAGGCCGACUCAUCGAGGCUGAUCGUGCUGGAGAACUUGCUGGAGGACGCGAAUCGGAUGAAGGGCAAGUAUGAGAAGGAUUACUUGCGCGAACAUCGCGAGAAGCUCGUGCUUAAUGCGCAGCUCGAGGAGAUCAUGAGCGGCAAGUCGAGGUUGGGAGACGGUCCCGAAGCUGCUCUCGCCCUCCGACAACGACUGAACGAGACGGUCGACGAGCUCGAGAAAGUCCGCCGCGAGCACGCCGAACUCGACGUCAAGCUCGUCUCGCAGGAGCGGGAGCUAACCGUCGCCAAGUCUGACCUCAACCUCGUCAACAAAGACCAACUGGAGAUCCUGCACUCCCUGCGCGCCUCGGUCUCGUCCGAAAAGUCCGCCCUCGAAGCCGAAGUCGACAAGCUGAAGAAGAUCGUGCGAGAUAUGGAGGAGAAGAGCCGCGCGCAUGCGGCGGAGGUUAAUCGGCUGUUGAUGGAGAAGAUUGAGUUGCAGGCCGACACCCAGUCCCGCCUCGCCUCGCUCGAGAAAGAGAACGAGUCGUACAAAACACAGGUGGGCGAGAUGCAGGACAAGUUGCGCAAGAUGAAGGAGUUUAUCAAGGAGCAGGAUCGGUUGUUCAAGCGGGCUCACGCGGCGGAGCAGCAGGGCAACUUCGAGGAGGCCGAGCAGGGGUUCAAGCAGCAGAUUCGGCAGCUUGAGGAGCAAGUCGAGCGACUCAAGGCCAACUCCGCCGAAACGGAGCGCAUCUACCGCCGCGAGCAGCAGCUGAUGCUGUCGGCGUGGCACGACCUGUCGAUGCGGACGAUGCGGGAGCGGAUCGCGGCGUCUGCGACGGGCGGCACGGGCGCGGGAGGACAGCAGAGACCGUACCAGCCGCAGAGCUGGUUGAGCCAGCAGCGAGCGCGGGUGAACGGCAAGGGACUUCGCCAUACCUGA